UACCGUUACACGGCAGAGAAGAAGAAGAGGAACGUCAACGCUCUGCUUGAAUUAAACACAAAGAAGAAGAAGGACUGACAGAGAUGCUAGGCUAGUCUCCUCGGGAUUAAAUGUUAUUGCACCAGUAGUCCUGCAAGUCUGUUAAGAAGCGGGCGGCUGUAAUGUGUUUGUAAAUAUGAAGGAGACACCUGCCGGCUCAAUGGAGAUAUUAACUGCUCUCUCCUGUUAGCUAGCUUUGCAGCAAUAGGUCCAGAUAGAGCUAACGUUAGCAGCUAGCAGCUAACAGUCUCACUGCUUCACUUCUUCACCACAAGACCACAAGAGGAAACAUUAACACCACUGCUCUCUAUAUUCAGACCUAAAGCUCCAUCGGUCCUCCAUGGCUUCAUCAGAGGUCAGCAUGCAGGAAAUAAGUGAGGUUGUGAUCGUCACCAUACCAGAGACAGUGUGCGAGGACCUCCCCUCUGUGGUGGAAGAGGAUAAAGCAGUGCUGGUGACCGCAGAGCUCACCUCUCAGCCAGGGGGGAACAUCCUCACAGUAACACCAGUGGAAACAGAAGCUGAUGCCAGCAGAACAGAUUCACUGUCAAGGGAAGAGGCAGUCAUUGUGAAGUUAACUGAGGAGGUGGAUGUGGAAGCUGAUGUCUUCUACCCGAUCACCUGUGGAGAUGCCAAAGCCACGCUGGUCUGGAAGAAGUUUGUCUGCCCUGGGAUCAAUGUGAAAUGUGUACAGUUCAAUGAGCAGCUCAUCAGCCCGAAGGAGUUUGUGUGUUUAGCAGGGAAAUCCACUCUGAAGGACUGGAAGAGAGCCAUCCGCCUCAACGGCACCAUGCUCAGGAAGAUCAUGGACUCGGGUGAACUGGACUUCUACCAACAUACAAAGGUCUGCUCCAACACGUGCCGCAGCACUAAGAUAGACCUGGUGGGAACCAAAGUGUCCAUCAGCAGUGAUCAGUCCACUGAACUGGUUCCUGCCACCCCCUCAUCAGCUGAUUUGAAUGGAGCAGCAUCCUCGUUUCCAGAGGUGACAGAGGAAACUUCCGAGUGGGUCACAGCCAUCGGAGAGGACUCUGUGGCAUUCUGGCGUUCGGUGAAGGAAGCUGGACUGCUGGAGGAGGUGGUGGAGGACUUCCAGAAGGAGCUGCAGGAGGUGCUGAAGGGGUUGCAGGAGAGAGUGUGUGACCCACCACUUCAGGUCAAAGAUGCUGUUUUGCUCAACAAUAUAGUGCAGAACUUUGGAAUGUUGGACCUGGUGAAGAAGGUUCUGGCCAGUCAUAAGAGCCAGAUGGACCGUUACAGAGAGCAGUACACGCGCAGCCUCGCCGCUCUGGAGCAGCAGUGUGACGAGCACAGGAAGCGAGCCAAGGAGCUGAAGAGCAAAUCCCAGCACCUCAACAACGUCCUGAUGACCCUCACCCCAGUCCCCACACCCCCCGCGCCCAAGCGUCCCCGGCUGACCCGCGCCGUCUCCGGCCCGGCCUCGGUCAACGCCGCUCCCACCCAGAUCACUCUGCCUCUCAACCAGCUGACCGGCCUGCCGCUGGGCAAGGUGCUGACCGUGGCAGGAGCCCAGGCCGGCAACAACCUGAGCGGAUACACCUUCCUGACCUCCUCGCUGUCAGGGUCGGAGCUGGCAGCCGACGCCUCUAACCUGACCGUGCUGUCCACGGCGGCAGGUCAGGAGGGCGCGGCCGGCGGCUCCACCUUCGUUAAGGUGCUCGGCCCUCAGUUCCAGCUGGUGACGCUGCCGGCCGCACUGCAGAGCUUGGCCAACGCACAAGGCGCCAUCCAACAACAGGUUGGCAGCAUCAGUGUGGUGGAUGCCACGGCAACCGCCGCAGACGAUUCACAAGAGGAAAGCCAGGCCGACGGCGAUGAUGAAAGUCAGCCAGAGCAGGUUAAAGAGGACGACGGGGAGCAGCCGGCCGAGCAGCAGUGAGACAGAGGACAGCUGUUCUCUCCCCCGUCUCCCAGCCCGUAAAUUGCCUUCUUUUCAUUAUUUUUGGACGCAGGAUUGAAUGUGUGACGGCUGAGGGCUCGUCCACAUUGUGACUUUUACAGAUCGCUUCAUGCAUUGCCUUCAUUUGUCAUUUAACACAACACACGUGAGCCUUCCCCGUAGAUGUCCUUCAAUUUUCAAGAUACCCUAAAUUUAUAUUAGAGUGGCCUCUGGUGUGUGUGGAGUGUGUAUGUCAGUAGUGAUUUUACUGUAAAUAUGUAUUUGUAGCUAAUAUAUUUGAUACAGCUGUUUGUGUAGGGAUUUAUUCCAAAUAGGCUGGAAAAAAAAGUAUUCACAGUAUUGGUCGGUUUGGUAAUAAAUGCUCAGUUUUCAAGAACAAA